UGAUUUUAGUGGAUUGCAUAAAUCUACUAUAUGUAGAAUGGUGCGCAGAGUUUCUCGAGCUCUUGCAUCAUUGAGGCGAGAAUUUAUUCAUUUCCCAAAUAAUGAAUCUGGAAGAAUGGCUGUCUGUGCUGAAAUGUACAAAAUCAGCAAGAUUUCAAAGUGCAUAGGUGCUAUUGAUUGCACUCAUGUUCGUUUACAAUCUCCAGGUGCUAAUCAAGCAUAACUGUUUCGCAACAGGAAAGGAUUCUUUUCAUUGAAUGUACAAACAGUUUGCGAUGCAGAACUGAAGUUCGAAAACAUUGUUGCCAGGUGGCCAGGUAGCACACAUGAUGCCCACAUUUUUAGAAACUCAAUGUUAAAAACACAAUUUGAAAAAGGAGAUAUGCAAGAUCUUGUUUUAGAUGGUGACAGUGGGUAUCCUCUAAAAACGUACUUGCUAACAAAAUUAAAUCACCCAACCACAAGAGGGGAAAUAUUGUACAAUGAAUCAUUAAUCACAUCAAGAAACGUUGUCGAGAGAUCAUGUGGUGUUUGGAAACGUCGCUUUCCUAUACUUGCUAUUGGAAUGAGGUGCAACUUUAAUUUGGUUGAGCCAAUUGUGGUAGCAACUGCAGUGUUGCAUAAUAUAGCAUGCAUUUUCAAAGAUCCGAUUCCAUUCAUCAAUGGUGACAUAGAAACACAAAUUAUUAACCUUCAGUUCGAUCGAAUUGGAGAAGUAGAAUAUGAUGGGAAAGCAAGAAUUCCAUUUAUUGAAUAUUUUGACACCUUAUAG